CCGAUCUUUGUGCACACAUCAUUCCUAAUUUCACAUUCUAUGCACAACCUCGCAUACGCUUCCACUAAAGGCAACCAAACCGAGGUUACCCGUUCCCAGGGCCCUCUCCGCGAACGCCCCUCACCCUUACCCUCAUCCUCAUCCUUACCCUUAUUCUCCUCCUCCUCCUCCUCCACAUUCUCGUCCUUCUCUAGCGACAAUCAGGAUGACAAGGACUACAACGAAAAGGAACCCAAUACCUCUUACACGACCGUUCAUUCGACUCUCAUGAGUGCACGUCCGCUCAUCGACUCCAGCCGGCCCGGACUCGAAGAGCACAUGGAUGAGAAGAAGCCCCGCAAAAGUCGACAAACAACCUACUAUAUUGAUGUCGAUUCACAAUCCUACAAUACCAGCGGCAUCAGCAGCGAUGCGACAGGGCACGACCGGUUCAGGACAGUACGGCCACGACGACGUCCACCUUACUCCGCAGCAGGAUCCUCGGUCAACGACCCACCAGCCUCUCUCUUGGCCGCGAUGGAAUCACCACUCCCAUAUCCGAAGCUCGAAAAGGCAGGGCCGUAUCUGACGAUUGCGGCCCUACAGGCGUAUACGAUCCUUACGGUCGUACGAUGCCUUGCAGAUUCAACGUGGAUUGAAUUAAAAUUCAGUGGCGACAAGUCUGGGGGGAAGAAGGGUGAGGAUAUAAUGCCUCAUUGGGGGGCGAUCGGGAGGAGGGAGAAAUGGUUCCUGGGGUUUGCGAUUGCGUUUACGUUGAUGAGCUGUGUGGGUGUGACAUUGAGGAUCAUGGAUAGGAUGACCUGGUUGAAACGGACACCGGUCGUCGGUGCUUAUCUUCAAGGCAAGAACAGCGUAACCGGGAAAAUCGCGUCGUCUAUGGGGGAAACAAAAAAAAAAAAAAACGGCGGUACUUUUUUGUAAAAUACUCAUGC